AUGUCGAUCAUUUCUAAUCUCUUUGGCGGAGAAAUUCUAGACCCUUUUCUUUCAAUGAUCAACAAGUGUCCGGUGCUCAACACCCCGACGGACUGGAAGGAGACGCCGGAGGCGCACGUGUUCGUCGCCGAUCUUCCGGGGCUGAAGAAGGAGGAAGUGAAGGUAGAAGUUGAUCAUGAUCGUGAUGGUAAUCAUAAAGUUCUUCAGAUAAGUGGAGAGAGGAAAAAUGAGGAAGUGGACAAGGACGACAAGAACAAAAAUAAUGAGAAGUGGCACCGAGUGGAGCGUUGUAGGGGCAAGUUUUUUAGGAGGUUUAGGUUGCCGGAGAAUGCCAAGGUCGAUGAGAUUAAGGCUUCCGUGGAGAAUGGUGUUCUUACGGUGACUAUUCCCAAGAAGGAGGUCAAGAAACUCGAGAGGAAGGUCGUUCCGAUUGAAGGAAAGUGA